CAAAUAUAUUCCAUAUUUUCAUGGAUUUGACAGAUAAUUUGGACUAUAAUAGUUUUUGAAUUAUCCUUUCACCAAAUAAAAAAGUUAUUUUACUUUUUGCACGAAUCCAUAUGUUGGUUAGCAAAGUAAAUUUAAUCAGGCACAAAGGUACAAAUAUUUUUCCACGUUAUGGAUGAAAUAAAAAAUCCUAAGGCAUAUCAGACCAGAAGAAUUACAUUUUCAGCUUGUCACAGACUCCACAGCCCCUAUUUGAACGAUGUUGAAAAUAAAGAAGUUUUCGGUAAAUGCAACCACAUCAAUGGCCACGGACAUAACUAUAUUGUAAAGGUUACGUUGUUUGGUGAAAUUGACCCGAGAACCGGUAUGAUAAUGAACAUGACUCAGUUGAAAAAAUUCAUGGAGGAAGCCAUAAUGCAACCCAUGGACCACAAAAACUUGGACAAAGACGUAGAAUAUUUCUCAUCAAGACCCAGCACUACCGAAAAUUUAACGGUCUUCAUUUGGUACCGCAUGAAAGAAAUUAUGGACAAACCCGAUUUGCUGCACGAGGUGGAAGUAUAUGAAACGGAAAAUAAUAUCGUGAAGUAUCGCGGCGAAUGAAGCAUACUGAAAAAUCCGUUUCAGAUCCAAUUCAGCUUCGUCAUUCCUAUGUUUUUAAUAUUUAUAUUUUUAAUUUCAUUUUUAAACUAAUAGGUACGCUGUUAGUUUACGGCUAAAAUAAAACGAUUAUAUGAUUAAAA